GUCAAAUCUCCGUACCGGUGAAGCAAAGCUGGGGUUCGGCUUCCGUUAACCGGCGGGUUUCUUACUUUCGGGGCGUUUCAGGUUUCCACCUUUCGUCCGUCGGUGCUUAUGGAUACCUCCAGCUGACAGUUGCUGCGAUGAUUCGGUGUUUCCAGCAGAAUGUUGUUGAGGAAAAGACUCAAAUGGAGCCUUAGCAGUGGGAGGAGUAAUGCGGCCGGUGCCUUGUAGCUGCAGUUAGCUAGUAGCCUGCUAGCUGGAUGCUAGGCCUUACGUUUCCUGUUGCUCCUCUGGCUGGUUUAUUGUUUAUUCCUGUCAAAUUAAGGAGGCAUUUGGAGUUUAAUUAUUUUAUGAUAUUCGCCUUGAUUUUUUUUUUUCUCCUUCCGUGGACUGAAAAAGAAACCGAUAUGAUGGGUGUAAACAGUUUUCAAAGAUUCAUGAACAGGCGGCCUUCCGCUAACUGCCGCUACCAGCCCACCGUCUACGAACACGCCGCAAACUGCUACACUCACGCCCUCCUCAUCGUGCCGGCCUUCGUCGGCAUGACUCUGCUGCACUGCCUGUCCGACAACAACUGGGAGAGGAUCACGGCCUGGGUGUACGGGCUGGGUCUGUGUGGCCUGUUUGUGGUCUCCACUGUGUUUCACAUCAUCACCUGGAAGAAGAGCCACAUGAGGUCGGUGGAGCAGUGCUUCCACAUGUGUGACAGAGUAGUCAUCUAUUUCUUCAUCGCUGCCUCCUACACGCCGUGGCUGAACCUGCGAGAGCUCGGCCCGUUAGCGGCACACAUGCGCUGGUUUGUGUGGCUCAUGGCUGCUGCUGGAACCAUUUAUGUCUUCAACUAUCAUGAAAAGUAUAAACUGGUGGAGCUGGCCUUCUAUUUGACCAUGGGAUUUUUUCCUGCAUCAGUAAUAACAUCGAUGAGCAACACGGACGGUCUCUACGAGCUGGCGUAUGGCGGACUCAUCUACUGCCUCGGCGUCUUCUUCUUCAAGAGCGACGGCGUCAUCCCCUUCGCCCACGCCAUCUGGCACGUGUUCGUGGCGCUGGCUGCGGCCGUGCACUACUACGCCAUCUGGAAGUACCUGUACAAGGCGCCCAGCUCCGAGUCCCUCCUCCACUCCUGAACCUGAAGGCCCCGCCCCCUCCGCUGCCCGCUGAAGCUGCAACUCGAACAGGAAAAGUUUACCAUGACCUUUACUUGUUUACUGUUUUCUAACCAGGAGGACGAGUUUCCCAGAAUCCUCUGAUGAUACUUAGAGUUUUAUAAAAGGAAAAAUAUCCGAGUAUUUCUGACAUUUGAUGAAAUCUUUUAUAACCACUAGAAAGUGAAUCACAUUCCUCUUUAAGGGUUUCAUCAGGUGCUAAAAUCAGCUUUAUCAUCGGCUCUUGGUGGAUUUAAUUAGAGAUACCAAAGCUGAAAUAAAGCACAUUAAAUUAAAAAUGGGAUUCAUCAUGGAGGCAGGAAGUGGAGCUUCUUUUCAUUCAGCUGAUGUGAUUCAGCUGCGGCGUGUUUUUCCUCAUUUAAACUGAGCAGUGUGCACUUUGUUCAUCCAAUCUCUCCUGAAGCCUCAUGGCGCCCUCUGGUGGUGGCCGCUGUUAUUGGAGCAUUCCUCAGUAUUUCAGUGUAGUGGGACGUUAAUGAGCCGAACGAGGAGACUCCCCGUUUAAAGGCAGUAUAAUUAUUUUGUAAAAACUGUGAUCUGUGUGUUUGUGAGCGCUGGUGUCCGCUGUAACAUUUCCUGUGGUUUGUUGAUUUUUGCACAGUGAAUUUGAACAGUGUUUGUAUCAUAAGGACGUUCUGAUCGGAGCUUUUGUACAU